AUGUUCUGCAUUGAUUUCAAUCAAGAUGUAGUAAUGUGUGCUUCUGAUGACCUUUGUUGGAAGGUGUUGGAUAAUGAUGAGUCCUUGGAGAGUGAAUGGCAAGUGAUUAUUGACGAAGUGGAUUUUGAGCAUGUGUUACAGAAACGAGCACAGGAUAUGUGUACAAUUCAUGAAACAACCUCAGAAUCAAAUCCAUUCGUUACAAGAAUGGAAAAUAAUUCAUAUCAUCCUUUCAGUAAUAAGACGGAAUGGGACUGUUUUAUGUUAUUAAAAUACCACAGGUUAACGAAACUUCAAUACGAAAAAGUUACGGAAAUGCUUAAAGACAACAAUAUUCCUUAUCUCACAUAUGAUCAAAUUCAACAUUGCGUAAAAGGACUUCAAACACAACAAUUAUCACAUUCAACCGAUCAUGUGUUUUAUUAUAACCUUGAAUCAACCAUACGAUAUUUAUUAGCAGAUCCUAUUAUUGCCAACCAAAUUCACUACGGAAGAAAUAUUACGGACAAAGAAAAAGGAGAGCAAUAUGCAACACCUGGUUUUAAGAAAUUGAUAGAAAAAUCAGGAUCAGACAUUCUAUCAGUUGUCUUUGUGUUAUAUUUUGACGAAUAUAGAAAAUACCGAACUGGCUCUAAGAACUCAGGAGGGUUUUAUCUUAGUUUACUGAAUUACUCUAAAUCGUUCUUAACAGGAUCAAGGAAACCAUCUCUCUUCUAG